AUGACGCAAACCAUCCCUCACACAUUGGGACUUCGACCUGUGUUCAACAUCAGCGCACCACCAUUUUCCCAGUCUCGACACGGUCGCCAUGCACCUCCUGUUCUCUUCCACGUGUACACCGUGAAUGCGGAUUGCCCUCAUCGGCCUUCAGCAACCCGCCUGCAUUGGUGUUUCAUGUUUGCCCGGUCGACUCUUCGCUUAUAUGCCGCUUCUUCUUCGUACAAACUACAUUUGUCAUCCAUUCCCAUUCCACGCACGACCACCGCAGUUGCAAGCAGAUCCCUCUCCAUACCUCCAGCCCGAAUGGCACAAGAGUUCAAGCUCAAGGGCUUGUCCCAGCUCGAUCUGAAAAACCAAGAUAAAGUUGAGGCGGAAGUUGAAGGCAUUGAGGGUGGGAAGGUCCUCGUGGUCAAAGUCGGCGAUCAGAUCCACGCUGUCAAUGCCAACUGUACACACUACGGUGCGCCUCUGAAGAACGGAGUGCUCACACCCGAGGGACGCCUGACGUGUCCAUGGCAUGGAGCGUGCUUCAAUGUCAAGACCGGCGACGUCGAGGAUUCUCCUGCACCCUUUGCUCUGAAUAAGUUCGAUGUGGUCGAGAAAAAUAGCGGUGUUUAUAUCAAAGGCACGGACUCGGAUAUCAUGGGUGGAAAACGACGAAUCAAUAUCAAGACGAAGCCGACUACUCAAGACAGAGUCGUCAUUGUUGGAGGCGGCUCAGGAGCAUUUGGUGCCAUCCUCAAACUUCGCGAGUUCAGUUUCCCCGGUCACGUCACUGUCAUCACCCCCGAAGGGUUACCCAUCGACCGACCGAAACUCUCCAAAGCUUUGAUUACCGACGCCUCGAAGCUCUACCUUCAACCCGAAGAAUGGUAUGCAGACGGUUCCAUAGAUUUUCAAGCCGACACUGUCACAUCCGUCGACUUCAACUCAAAAUCCGUCCUGACCAAGACUGGUAAAUCACUCCCAUACACCAAACUCAUCCUUGCCUCGGGUGGAACACCUCGACGACUACCCCUGCCUGGCUUCAAGGACCUCUCGAAUAUCUUCGUCCUACGCACCGUCAAUGAUACGCAAGCGAUCAUGAACGCUGUCGGCGACAAGGGUAAGAAGAUUGUCAUUGUGGGCUCCAGCUUCAUUGGUAUGGAAGUCGGAAACGCCCUGGCCAAGGAGAACACCGUGAGCAUUGUGGGCAUGGAAUCUGCUCCUUUGGAACGGGCUAUGGGCACGGAAAUAGGCAAGAUUUUCCAGAAUUCACUCGAGAAGAAUGGUGCGAAAUUUUAUAUGAACGCCAGCGUCGACUCAGCUCUUCCAGCUUCGAAACUCGCCGACACCGCAGGCUUGAGUUCGGUGGGCGCGGUCAAGCUCAAAGAUGGCACCGAACUCGAGGCAGACCUUGUCAUCCUGGGCAUCGGCGUCGCCCCUGCCACCGAAUACCUCCGCGACAACUCGAGCGUGCACCUAUUGAAAGACGGUAGUCUGUCGGUCGAUGAAAACUUUGCCGUCAGAGGCCUCAGCGACGUCUACGCCGUCGGUGACAUCGCUACGUACCCAUACAACGGACCUGGUGGAGAAGGCAAACCCGUGCGCAUCGAACAUUGGAACGUGGCACAGAACAUGGGACGCAGCGUGGGCCGGCUUAUCGCCCAGCCUUCGAGCAAGCCGAACCCAUUUAUUCCAAUCUUCUGGUCAGCACUGGGAAGUCAGCUGCGAUAUUGCGGCUCGCCGAUGAAUGGCUGGGACGAUCUGGUAGUCCAGGGCGAGCCAGAGAACGGCAAAUUCGCAGCAUACUACGCCAAGGGCGCCGAGAUCGUGGCUGUCGCCAGUAUGAUGAUGGAUCCCGUCAUGGUCAAGUGUGCGGAGCUAAUGCGUUCGGGCAAGAUGCCGUCCAAGUCGGAAAUUCAAGGUGGAAUGGAUGUGUUGCAGGCAAAUUUGUGA